AUGGAGGACAUGAAACUAGAGUUUCCCUCACUCCCGCAGUGCAAAGAUGAUGCUGAGGAGUGGACUUACCCUAUGAGACGAGAGAUGCAGGAAGUUUUGCCUGGAUUGUUCUUAGGCACCUACUCUUCUGCUAUGCAAAGCAAGCUACCCAUAUUGCAGAAACAUGGCAUAACUCAUAUAAUUUGCAUAUGGCAAAAUAUUGAAGCAAACGUUACUAAACCAAACUUUCAACAAUUAUUUAGAUAUUUAGUCUUGGAUAUUGCUGAUAACCCAGUUGAAAACGUAAUAUGCUUUUUUCCUAUGGCUAAAGAGUUUAUUGACAGAAGCUUACAAAACGGAGGGAAAGUUCUUGUCCAUGGGAAUGCAGGUAUCUCUAGAAGUGCCGCCUUUGUCAUUGCGUACAUCAUGGAGGCAUUUGGGAUGAAGUACAGAGACGCAUUUGCUUAUGUCCAAGAAAGGAAAUUUUGCAUUAAUCCUGAUGCCGGAUUUGUCCACCAACUUCAGGAAUAUGAAGCCAUCUACUUAGCAAAAUUAACAAUACAGAUGAUGUCACCACUCCAGGUAGAAAGGUCGUUAUCUGUUCGUUCUGGUACUACAAUUAGUGUGAAGAGAACAUGUGAAGAAGAUGAUGACUUUGGGAACAGGCAAGUGGCAACUGCACAGAAUGACUGA